UCUGACACUUUACUGUAGGAUAUGUCAGCAAAAGCAUUUAAGAAUUGGGCAAGAGUUAUUUCUGCUAUUUGCCUACACUUUGCAUUUGGAGCAGGUUGGAUUUGAAAACAAGCUGAAAUACCACUGAGAGAACAGACUUCAUAAUGCUAUGCAAGAACAAUCAAUCAUGACUACGGAAUCUGGAUCUGACUCUGAAUCGAAACAGGACCCAGAGCCAGAGCCCCAAGAAGCCUCUGGACGGCAGGGACAAGCUGGGGCUCAGCAGCAGCCAGCGGAACAGCCUCUCAGGGAGGAACAUCAGCAGGCACUGGAGCAGUUCUCUGCAGCAGCAGCACAUAGCACCCCGGUGAAAAAAGAGGUCACUGACAAGGAACAGGAGUUUGCUGCUGCAGCUUCAAGACAGCUCGAAUAUCAGCAGUUUGAAGACGAUAAACUUUCUCAGAAAUCAUCUUCCAGCAAACUCUCCCGAUCUCCUUUGAAGAUAGUUAAAAAGCCUAAAAGCAUGCAGCGCAAAGUGAUACUUUUAGAUGGAACAGAAUAUCUAUGUGAUGUCGAAAAACGUUCCAGAGGCCAAGUGCUAUUUGACAAAGUGUGUGAACAUCUGAACCUGUUAGAAAAAGACUACUUUGGUUUAACAUACCGGGACACCGAAAACCAAAAGAACUGGCUAGAUCCUGCUAAGGAAAUCAAAAAACAGAUCCGAAGUGGUGCUUGGCAGUUUUCAUUUAAUGUGAAAUUCUAUCCACCAGACCCUGCCCAGCUAUCUGAAGAUAUCACCAGGUACUACCUCUGUUUGCAGCUGAGAGAUGAUAUAGUAUCAGGGAGGUUGCCAUGUUCUUUCGUCACACUCGCCCUCUUGGGAUCCUAUACUGUUCAGUCUGAACUUGGAGACUAUGACCCAGAUGAAUGUGGAAGUGAUUAUGUCAGUGAAUUCCGUUUUGCACCAAACCAUACAAAAGAAUUAGAAGAUAAAGUAAUUGAGCUACACAAGAGUCACAGGGGAAUGACACCAGCAGAAGCAGAGAUGCAUUUCUUAGAAAAUGCCAAAAAAUUAUCCAUGUAUGGAGUUGAUCUACAUCAUGCCAAGGACUCUGAAGGAGUAGAAAUUAUGUUAGGAGUUUGUGCAAGUGGUCUUUUGAUAUAUCGAGACAGACUCCGCAUUAACAGAUUUGCCUGGCCAAAAGUUCUGAAAAUUUCUUACAAAAGGAACAAUUUUUACAUAAAAAUCAGACCAGGGGAGUUUGAACAAUUUGAAAGUACCAUUGGGUUUAAGUUGCCAAACCAUCGUGCUGCAAAGCGUUUAUGGAAAGUAUGUGUUGAACACCACACAUUUUUCAGGCUGUUGUUACCAGAAGCACCGCCAAAGAAAUUCCUUACCUUGGGUUCCAAAUUUCGCUAUAGUGGUAGAACUCAAGCCCAAACAAGAAGAGCUAGUGCACUGAUAGACCGACCGGCACCUUAUUUUGAGCGUUCUUCUAGCAAACGGUAUACAAUGUCCCGCAGCCUGGAUGGGGCAUCAGUGAAUGAAAACCAUGAAAUGUACAUGAAGGAUUCUAUGUCUGCUGCAGAGGUUGGUACUGGCCAGUACGCCACGACAAAGGGCAUCUCUCAGACCAACUUGAUAACAACUGUGACGCCGGAGAAAAAGGCAGAAGAAGAGCGUGAUGAGGAAGAAGACAAGAGGAAAAAGGCUGAGGAAGUCACUCCUGUCUCAGCAGUACGGCAUGAGGCAAAGACUGACAGUGAACAGACGGACACUGCAGCUGAUGGUGAAACCACUGCCACUGAGGAGUUAGAUAAAAAUCAGGAAGAACUGAUGAAACAUCAGACCAACAUUAGUGAGCUGAAAAGAACCUUUUUAGAGACCUCCACAGAAACUGCUGUGACUAAUGAAUGGGAAAAGAGACUUUCCACAUCUCCAGUGCGGCUCGCCAUGAGACAGGAGGAUGCCCCAAUGAUUGAACCCCUUGUGCCUGAAGAGACCAAAGAAGAAAGAGAAAUAUCUGAAAAAAUUAUAUUUUUGCAGCAGGGAAGUUCUUCAUUCCUUGAGUCUCAGGAAUUAAAGAAGCUGCAGGAAAGAGAUUCAGCUGGCACUAUGGUUUCUUCUCAUCAGAUCAUUUUGCAGAAAACUGCCCCAUCAACCCUAGAGGGCACAGAGGAUUGGGUUAUUGUAGACAAAAUACCCACUGAGGUAGUUGAUGGUGACUCAAAAAGAAUUGUCACUUACAAAGUAGUGACUGUGAGCAGCAAAACUGGUGAUAUCCCUGCUGAAGUGUUAAAAUCCAGCGCUAUUGAAAUGCAGAGUUUUGAUGACUUAACGCGGGAAAUGCAGUGGAGAGAAGAGAGCAAACAGAAAACAUACACUUUGGGAAAAUCUUAUGAUACCGUCUCUGGAAAAAUUGUGACCAUGACAGGAAAAGCUAAAGAGGGUGAAAAGGCAGGGGAGCCCUCCACGCUUGACACCCUCCAGAAAUUUGAGAGAGGGAUGACAGAAUCUGUGAAAAUCAUCCCCGGAAUGACAGAAUAUGAGGUUCUAGAAGUCAUCUCAGAUGACAAGGCCAGGAGAGGAUCUGAGGUACAGAUUGUGAAAAGGAAAUUGUCAGAAUCUCUGGCCCCCAUAAAGGAAGCGGAAUCCCGGCUGCCAAGUCCGGAUGAAGAAAGUCUGAAGAAAACCCAGAAACUGGAAAAGGAUUUGGAAUUCCAUACCAGCCUAGGAAGUAUACAGCCUACUGGAGUAGAACAAACACCAGACAGUGAAGCUUUAAAAGCAGGGUUCUUUGCUCGAAAAGAGAAAAGCCCAUCUGAAUGGAGAUAUUCCCGGGAGCCAGGAUUCACCAUUGCCACUGCUCAUUAUGUCACUGAGUCAUCUGCAUCCCGAGUGGUGACUAAGUCCGCCAGUGAAAAGAUCUUGGAUGGCUCAGAUAUCUUCACUUUAAUAGACUCUGCAACAAAACCCACAGAGUUCAUAGGAGGGGUUACUACUUCUUCACAAAAAUGGGUUCAGGUGAGAACAGAAACCAAGUCGGAGCCCAGUGAAAUAGAGAAGGAAUCAUGCGAACUUCACCAGCAGCUUAGUGCAGAGAAGGUUGUUGAGCAGACGGUGGUGGUGGAGGAGAGACAUGUGAUGAAUGUGCAUGCAAGUGGGGAUGGUUCUAACCUGGCUGGAACUCAUUUGGAUGCUGCAGCUCAAGCAGCAUCUGCUGUGGCUUCUAAUAUUACCGGGAAGGCGGGUUCUGCUCUGACUGAGGGGGCUAAAGAGGAGAAGAGGGAGGAGGCGGAGGCUGAUAAAGCUGUAAUCAAACAGGAAGAGAUUGCCACUGCUUCUCAUGAGCGAGAGGAGGAGCAGACUGCAAGAUCCCUCAUUUCGGAAUCAUUGGAAUCUAAACCUCAUUUGGAGUCAGCAUCUGUGAAGACAGAAACCAUUAGUUUUGACAGUGUCUCCCCAGGGGGAAUAAAACUGGAAAUUUCAACUAAGGAAGUGCCAGUAGUUCAUACAGAGACGAAAACCAUAACAUAUGAAUCAUCACAGGUGGAUUCCAGUGCUGAUACUGAGCCAGGUGUAUUGAUGAGUGCACAAACAAUCACAUCAGAAACAACAAGUACUACAACCACCACACACAUCACCAAAACUGUGAAAGGAGGCAUUUCAGAGACAAGAAUUGAAAAGCGAAUAGUCAUCACAGGAGAUGCAGACAUUGACCAUGACCAGGCGCUGGCUCAGGCAAUUAAAGAGGCCAAAGAGCAGCACCCUGACAUGUCAGUGACCAAAGUAGUGGUACAUAAAGAGACAGAGAUCACACCAGAAGAUGGAGAGGACUGACCCCAGGAAUAAUUUAGCUUGCAUAUGAAUCCAGUCACGCACACCAUUAGGAACACCAGAGCCUAUAUGGAGUCCCCGUUCUAACCCGACUGACUGACUUGUAUCUGUCCGUGGAAAAUUUCAGUCCAGAAGAAUUGAUCUUGACUGUUAAUAAAGACACUGGCAGAGAGAUCUUCCCAUAAUAGAGCAAUCCGAUUCAGCAUCAGUAAACCGAUAUUGCAUGAAGCAACGAUAAAAUUGCAAAAGAGCAGCAUUUUUAAUUUUUACAAAAUGUCUAAGUUUUCAGCUAUACCUGCACGUUCAUAACCAACAAUAUAAACAGUGAUCUCAUAUAACACAUAAACAAUUCAUGCCUUUCGUAGUUUAUUAUUAAAGUCUAAACAAAAUGAUAAUUUGUUAGAUGGCAAAACCUUUUUUGUUUACAAAUUAAAGGAAAAUUACCCUCAAAUGCUAGAAGCUGUAUAGGUACAGUGUAUAAUGUUUUAUCACACAUUAGAUGUGCCAAUAACACAGUUUAUUCAGUAAACAACUUGAAUCUUGUUCUUGUUUCAUCUGGUUUUAUUAUUAUUAUUCCCCUAUAAAAUGAUGAAUCCCUAAUCCUUGGAAAUAUUUAAUGCUUACAAAAUGUGCUUUGUAUAUCUGAUUUAAUACCUUAUGAGGUAGUCAUGAUUUUAGUAUUUCGACUUGAUUUUCUUUCUGUUGUCUGCCUUGUUCUGCAUUAAAUCCAGAAAGCUUCUGUUUGCCCUUCACAGGUCCUAAAUCUAUAAAUUGUCAUUAUUUUGGGGAAACUUGUACUUUCCUUAUAUUACAAGAUUACUCUGUAAUAACCAUAUUGUUUUUAUUGAUUUUUUUUUCCUUAUGUUAUUUGAGAAAAAAAGUGUUUCAUUUCAAAACCUGGUCAACAUUUAUAAUCUAGUUCAGAGCCAAGCCUUAAACUGUACAGAACUUCCACUGUAAACUAUUGAGUGUUCAGUUAUAAAUAUCCAUUGAAGAGUUCUAUUCUCCAUCACACUGUCAACUGCAUCACAACACAUAGUGAAUGUAUGUUUCUGCAUAGUGAAAUAAAAGUGGUAAAUGCAUUCAAAA